AUGGCUACUGAGCUCGGCGACAAAGAUGUGGCGCGCAACCCGUCACCCGCUGCCACCACGCAUCAAGGCGACCGCCGCCCAAGCACUCCGGAAGUCGCAGACGUCAAGCCCGUCAAUCGGGAAGCCAGCUACGGCUCUGGUUCGUCUGCUCCGCUGCCUUACGACGGUGGCGCGCCUCCCCUCCCUGACGAGCCCGUCCCAGACGCAGAGGACGACGGCUGGGAGCCUAGGUGGGCACACGAGGCUGGCGCAUGGUAUUACUUCAAUCACAAGACCGGCAUCUCGCAGUGGGAAAAUCCACGCGUUCCAACCGCUUCCAACACCAGCCAUGGCUACGACAGAAACUUCUACGGUGGCCCCGCUGCUAUGGCAUCAAGCUCUGGCGCUCCAGGUACCAGCUCUCCGCCGAAGCGCAAGUGGGGCGGAUACAACCCCAAGAUCCAUGGUAGCUUCGAUCCUAAUGCCGACUACGCCAAGGAGGCAGAAAAGGAGGAAGAGGAUGCAGAGCAGGCUACCGCUGCAGCAGCUUUCGCCGCUCGUAACCCUGGCCAUGGCUAUACCACAACCGCUCAGUUCAACCGUUUCAACGGCAAACAGCAACAAGUUGGUCAAGGUCCGGAGAUGCACAACGACGAGAACAAGAGCCGUCGCCAGAUGAAUGCCUUCUUCGAUGUUGAUGCCGCCGCCAAUAGCCAUGACGGACGUAGUCUUAAAGCAGAGCGUCGCGCACAGCCCCUCAGCAAGAAGCAGCUUAAGGAUGUGUGGGCGAUACGGGCCAUACCCUUGGACUCAGGACUGCACUUCUAUUAUGUCAAGGUAGGAUCUCACGCUUCUUCUGGUGCCUUUGGAUGCGACAUUAUAGCAUGA